ACCGCCGCUGCCGCUGCUCUCCUGCUCACAUCGCUGUCGGAGGAACCCCGCGACCACCCGUUGUGCAAUGAAGACCGACCUGGAGCUCGCGUUGGAGAGCGCCAUCAACGUCUACCAUCACUACGCCAUCCGGAACCCAAUGGAUGAUUACCUGAGCCGGAAUGAGUUUGCCACUCUGCUGAAGGAGAACGCCAAGCCCUUCCUCACCGACACCCUGCCGCCCAACACGUCCGUCGAUGAGUACAUCAGGCAGCUCUUUGUCAAAUCUGACAGCAACCACGACGGCCGCCUGAAGUUCACCGAGUUCCUCACCACGCUCAGCCUCGUGGCCAUCGAUGCCCACAACCGGUCCCACAAGCAGCCUGGGGACCAUGGCCACGACCAUGGCCAUGACCACGGCCACGACGGUGGCCACGGUCACCACCAUUAAGGCUGUUCCUGCAGAGCUGUGCUCCUCCAGCAGCGGCAUCUCCCCUCUCUGCCCAUGAGCACACAGCCAAGGCUGCGCUCUCUGCUUCUGCCUAUGACACUGAAAUAAAUUGUCUUUCUCUGUGCACCAAA